AUGGACACGACCCGUAACAACUAUCCCAAUGUCCGCAGCAAGGUCACCGACGAGGAGAGGACCUUCAAGAAGCCCUACCAGACAGUCGGCCGUCCAGAGACGACGGACCAUGAUAUCCAUGAGGAGUAUUUGAAAGACCCUCCACACAACCAGUCCAAUGAGCUGAGCACGGAUCGAACGACGCGCGGUCUAAAAGAGGGGGCACGAGAGCAGGUCGACCCCAAGCAGGAGGGCGUCCUCGGGGAGGAAACGACGGGCAAAAUAUCGAAAGAAUCAGAGCUGGGCACGCUGACGACCGAGAAUUCCGUGCACCCAUGA